UAUGCAUGUUCCUGUGUUUGAUAUCCAUCUUCUCAAAAUUACAACAAUAUGAGCAGCUCCGUUUUCUUCUCCGCGCCUCAAUCCUUCUCCCACCUGUUUCAAAUUUUCUUCUCCAAUGGCGUCUCUCUCCUUGUCGUUUCACAGAGAGAGAGAGGGGGGGAGAGUUUCGCGGGAUUUGGGUUCAGAUUGGAUAGAAAUCUGCAUUGACUGAAUUUAAAAUUAUUGUAGAAAAUAGAAUCAUGAUUCCGAUUUCGAAUUCUUGUUAUUUUUCCUUUUCAAAUUUCAACUCGAAUCGCGGUGUUAUGUUUCAUAUCUUGAUUCGUAUUCGUUUUACUGCUUCUUUCUUCGGUGCGAGGUUGUUGUUGUUGUUAUGAUUUCUUUUAUGACGAGCUUUAAUUUUGAUUUCAACAAUGCCUCUUCACGUUGCUCGAGAAGCUUCCAAGCUAUGGAGAAAAAUAUGCGCCGAAACGUCCAUAGAAGCUUCGCUUCUUGCCGAAAGCUGGAAAUAUAUCCUUGCCGGCAUUUUCUUUCAGUAUAUCCAUGGUUUGGCUGCUCAUGGAGUUCAUUACUUGCACCGGCCCGGGCCAACACUCCAGGACACUGGAUACUUUCUUCUUCAAGAACUCGGUGAAGACAAAGCUUAUAUUAGUGAGACUGUCUUCUUCUUUAUCUUUUUUUCUUUUGUGUUGUGGACACUGCACCCUUUCGUUUUCCAGAGCAAAAAGAUCUAUACAGUUCUGAUAUGGUGCAGGGUUCUUGCCUAUUUAGUUGCUUGUCAGUUCCUGAGGAUAAUCACAUUCUAUUCAACCCAGCUUCCUGGUCCCAACUACCAUUGUCGUGAGGGCUCAAAACUUGCCAAGCUGCCUCCUCCAGAUAGCGUAGUUGAAGUUCUGCUAAUCAACUUUCCAAGAGGGCUCAAUUACGGCUGUGGAGAUUUGAUAUUUUCAUCCCACAUGAUAUUUUCUUUAGUGUUUACUCGCACAUAUCAUAAAUAUGGAAUGGCAAGAUUUGUCAAAAUACUUGCUUGGCUUCUUUGUGUAAUUCAGAGCAUCCUCAUCUUAGCGUCUCGCAAGCAUUAUACAGUAGAUGUCAUUGUUGCUUGGUAUACUGUAAAUUUGGUUACAUUUUUUGUCGACAGAAAGUUGCCAGAGUUGCCCGAGAGGCCUUCUGGCACCGUAUCACCUUCGCUUCUUCCAUUGAGCUCCAAGGAUAGCAAGGACAAGGAAGAGCUUCACAGGCUUGUGAAUGGAAAUUCUGUGGGAAUUACUCAUUGAAGAAGAUGAAUGAAAAGUUGUGAAUGUCUCUGGUAAUGAUUUUCUUUUUAGCCCUUUCUUUAUAUGGAAAGGUCGGGGCCGGGGCAUGUCAGUUGAGAAUUUCAGAUAGGGAUGAUCUUAGUGACUUAGACAGGAAGAGACUAACAGCAUAGAGAGGGUAARCAAAGGCAUGGGCUGAAGAUAGCUGUGAUGCCGUUUGGAAAGUUGGAAAUGGAAUCUUGAACUGAUGGCCAUCCUGUAAUUAUAGGCUGUGUUGUUUUGCUAGGAUCUGAAUACAGUGCAGUUUUUUCUUUCAGAAAGAAAAAAUUCAUUCUGUUCCAAUUGAUUUUUUUUUCCUUUCCUAGUUAAAUUUUGUAAAGUAGUCAACUAGUCAGAUGGAGAUCCAGUCAGAUUUUUACUCUAAAUUUGGUUCAAAUGAUAACCAACAUCAUAAGAAGUCAAGAAAAUGAUCAAUUAAGGGUAGAUUCAAGUAGAUUUUGUUCACUUAGUGCUAAAAUAUGACUGUUAAUUAUUA